AGUAGAGUAGAGUAGAGAGUAGAGUAGAGUAGAGUAGAAUAGAAUAGAAUAGAGUAGAGUAGAGUAGAGUAGAGUAGAAUAGAAUGCAUGUGAUUUUGGAGGAAUUCAAAGCAUAUUCUGACAUUAAAAUCACAAUUCUGGACAAUGUGUUACUAACUUUCCAUUAGAAUAUUUCUCUUCCCCAGAGCUCAGGAUGGCUAACUUACUCACCUAAGUAAUCAUCUUUCCCAGAAAUUAGUUAUAUAUUAGGCAUGUAUUUAGCUUCCAAAAUCUGAUAAUCUGAUAUACAUUGGAUUAAAUAGAGGAUUAUUUGUUUUUCAAAUUUAGUAAGAAGCUCAGAGGUAGGCGAUUUAGGACCAGUGUAAAUCUAGUAGGAAAAUGUCACAUAUUUAGGCUGCUUCCAUCUUCUUGCUUCUCCAUCUUUAGAGUAUGAUUGUAAUCUCAUGAUCUCAGAAUGGGUGUCUCCCAUGGACAGUGAUUCUGCAUUCUGGACAAGAAGAAUAAGGUUUGGGACAGAAAGGUUGAAGGGACCAUGCUAUCCAAAUAUGUCUUUCUUUAGAAAAAAAAAAUACAAAAACUUUUCCCAAGGACUUGCAUUUACAUUUUCUAAGGAUUAACUGGGUCACAAAGGCCCUCUGACUAUGGGAGAUUAAGGGAAAGCACAUGUUUUUAGUGGAGCAUAUUGCCAUUCUAUGUACUUUAUUCUUCUCUCCAAAAAACAAUUGGGUCAAUUUGCCUGGAAGAAGGCAGGGUAGAUAUCGAGUACAAAUUAGAAAUAGUUGCUUCAGUUGCCUUUCUAGACCGAUAACUUGCUCUAUAAUCCCAGGACUGCACUGCCCCUUAAAAACUACAGUGACUACAGUCACUGAUUUUUAAAAGGAAUCUUGGUAUUCCUCUAUGGAUACUGCCUAGUAAGUCAUGGGAAUCUAUUGGAUUCUAUAACUAUUUAGAAUCAAGUCUAAAUAAGAUCUAAGAUCUAAGUCUUACUACAAAUCAUACAAUUUUUAUACUAUUUUUUAAUCUGGGAAAUUGUAAUGUAUUUUCAUUCCUUGACCUGUUAGCAAUCCAAUUUUGGAUUUUUUUUCUUUAAUUUCCAGUCCUAGAAACCCAGUGGAUUCAAACUUCAUUUGCCCAACUAACCUGUUUUUAAUUGUUCUAUUAUUGGAUUGAGCAUUUUACACUGGGUAAAAAUAAUAUCAUUCCUUGCUCCAAAUUUUACUUACCUCAGCCAUACUGAACUAAGAUUCUUUGAUUGAAAUAGUCCAGUUUUAUUCUAUUGGGUUAUAGAUCUGUACUCUAAUAAUUUGGCUUCUAUGUAUAGUCCCUUAGUCCCUUUAAUUUUCACAAAUAAUUCCCAUGUUUAUACAAUAGAUUAUUCCACCAAAAUUAGAAAAUAUUACCUCAGUUAUAUAUAAAACAAGAAAUAUCUAUGUUAAUAUGUUUGUUUUCUUUCUGUUAAUGUUGCUGUAGGCUGUUGAGUUAAAAAAUGCCUCAGCAUCACUAUUUUGACAAACUGGGGGGGAAAAAAAGGACAAUUAAAAUAAAAACAAUAGCUCCAUCCACCAAUCAGCCACAGUACCUCAGAUGUCUGUUAAGAAUAUGAAGCAUAGGAUUUUAGGCAAGCCAGAUAACUGAGGAAUAAGUUGAAAUAAAUUAUAAGGUUUUGUCACAGCCCGAAUAUGUAAUAUGUAGCUAUGUAUGAGUCUUUUUCUUAAUUAUCUGACAUAGCAUUCUUCAGCAUAGAAAAUGUGCAACUUCCCUAAACAUGAUUCAUAUAAGCAAUAAACCUUUUAAAAAAUGGGCUGUGAAAACAUGCUUAUGAUUCCCCUUCCCCACAUUUUAUACAUGUAACUAUUAUUCUCCUUUAUUAUUUAAGAGUAUGUUUUACUCUUUCCUGAAUAUAAAUGCAUUUUAGAUUAAGAUUUUCAUGUGAUAUUCCAGAACACAGUUUCAUGCUACAAAUUUUCUCAAAUCUGAAGGUAAUGCUAACUGAUGGCAGUGGUUAAUAUUGUUGUGAACCUAAAAAGGAAAGCAAUCGUUUGCUGAAAUUUACAUAGUUUUCAAUUUUCUAAUGCUGGCAAAUGUGAGCUGCUUCAAAAUAAAAAUCACCUAUAUUUUUCCUAAAGAAAGAAAAGAAAAAAGUCUCACAUAUCAUUUCAGAGUCUUCCUUGUUAAGCUAGUUAGCUUGUGUAGUAGUUUAGUUUUUUUAUUUAUUUUUUUUUUAAUUGUUAAUGCUGUGUAAAGUUUUGCUCAAAGCUGUAAACUUGCAAAGAAGGGCUUUUAAAAAUCUCUUCUAGUUCAUUUGAAAAUAAUAUACAAUGCAAUCAUCAGGUAUGCAUUUAAAAAAUCACCAGAUAUGCUUUGUUUUAAUAACUAUCAUGUGUUAAAUAUUGAAGACUACACCAUAUGCCUAAUGAAAGCUUCAUUAGGCAGACAUUAGUAGAUUAAUUCUACUCAAUGGGUGGUUUAUUUUAUUUAGAAGGCAGUAAGGUAAGUUCAUUAGUUUGUAGACGUAAUGUUUUCUACUGUACCUCACUGCAACUAAGAACAAUUCCACAGAGGUCUACGGAUCUACUAACACCUGUCAAGAUAAACACACAGGUCUCUGGGGGAAUCAUCUCUGCAAUAGAACAGAGAAAACCUGAGGAAAGUAAUUCUUUCAUGAGAGAAAAAUAAGACAGUUUUUUUUUUUUUAAUGAUUAAUGACUUUUGGAAGUGCCUCUCGUAGGUCAUAUAUUUUUAUACAAGUAUCAAAAAAUAUAUUCUGUCUUUUAAGAACUGUUUUGGAGUGUAUGCUACUCAUUUUGAAGUAAAUAUUCUAAGAGAUUUGAACUAUAUAGAAUGAUCAUUCAAUGUGAAUUGAGCCACUGGAAGUUUUUCUGACACCUAUAGCUAAGUCUCUCAUCCAUCCCAGAACACGUAUAUUAGAUGAUAAAUUCUAUAGUGAUGUUAUUUGAAUGGUUAUAGUUAAAAUGGUGUCAAUAUUUCCAUUAUAAAACCCUAUUUUCAAGGAUUUAUAAGUCAGCUAUAUAUGUUUGCUCUGCAAUUCAACUUGGCAGCAAGCGUCUUUGCUUGGUGGUAUUUUUUUUUUCUCCUUUUACACAGCAUGGGAAAGAGAGACAUCUGUUUAUAAUAUGAGUAGGAAAAUAUGACAAUGAAUUCCCUUAUUCUUCAUCACAAUUUAUUUAGCAUUCAAAUCAAAGUUCAGCCUAAACUUCUUAUAUAUUUUAGGCAGUAAAACAGCUAACCAAAACCUUGCAAUGAUAAAAUGAAGAGGAUUUAUUUCCUUUGUUUGCUGGUUUGGGUUAUUUUAAACUCCUAAAUAUGGAGAUAGACUUAACCAGUUAUUUUGAUACUUUAUUCAUUCAGCACAAUAAUAAUAUGAAUAUACUAUUACAUACCAUGGGCAUUUUUUAAAGGUUUCUGUGAUAGUCUGUACUUGAGAAAGUGGGAAAUAACUGGCAGAGUUCAGAAAUAUUCACAACAAUUUGGUAGAAUGAAUGGGGUAUUAACAGAGGUAGGAAGGAGGGGGGAAAAAUCAUUUUUAUAAAGGGAAUAGCAUGGGAAGUGGCACAAAAGUGAAAAAAUGCAGUGUGUUUAGGGAAGAGAAGUUCAUGUAGUUGGAGCCUAGGAUGUUUGUGGGGGAAGUGGUAGAAGCUGAGAUUAAGAUAAGAUAGUAGAGGUGGGAUGGAGGCAAAUUUGAAGGGCAUAACAUGCCAUGAUAAGGAACUUUGAUUUACCUGGAAACCAGAUCUUUGUAUUGAGAUAGUCACACUAACUUAACUGUAGUACGAACAUCAAAAUAUCACUCUUGACAAAAUGUGUAAUCUAAUAUAUUUGUCCUGAAUUGGAGGGGAUUAGAUUAUGAAUCCCAGAUAAACCUAUUUAGAGAUUCAAUUCAAAUUGCAUAAUUAAAUUCCUUUCAGUGAAUUCAAAUGGCAACAUAUGCUGCAGAACAUAGAUUCGUAAAGAUAGAUUGAAUUGGUUUAUGUUCUAAGUGUUCCAUCAUUCAGGAAAUUGAACUCACGGUAUGGGCCUGAUGUCUGGUUCUUGAUUUGAAUAUCUGUAUUUACUAGGGAAUUUGCAAAUUAUGUCUCAGUUUUUCUGUCACCCUAGCUUGCUAUAUAGUUGUCCUUCCAACUUUACUUCCAUUCUCAGCAAUCCCAUGUUUCCUUCUUCUGCAGCGAUGCAUAUGCAUGAUAGACUGUGUGGGAGAAUGCAGCCAGACAGAUCCCAGGUUGUCACUUUUUGUCACUAAUCUUUCCUGUAGCUGAAGCUGGUCAAACUGAAGACUUGAUAUGCCAGGACCUGAAGGGGACUUUUUUCUUUCUCUACUUUUCUUUUUUAAAUGGUGCCUAUUUUGAUGGCCAGUAUUAGAUUUUAUAUGGAAACAAGCACUCUCACCUGCAUAAGGUCAUGUGGCUAAGACAUUAGUAACAUCAGAAUUGAACCCUAAUGUAAUACCCUCUGUCCUGUAGAAGCUCUGUCCUGCCUCUAGCCAUUGGCCAGGCUCACUGAAGAAGAGCUCAAAUUCAAAAGACGGGAAGGAAAAGAAAACAGAUUUUUUUCUAAGUGGAAUAAAAGGAAUUUAUAGUUACAUGGUGUGAAAAGAGAACAUGUACGUUUAUAUGGUAGACAUCUUGAAGUCUUUUAAAAAAUGCUUUAAAGGAGAGAUCUGGGAACAGCACUACUGUCUAUGUUUAGGGUACACAGCCAGCAAGCUGAGGUCACUGGUAAGGAGCUUAAUUAGAAAGCUGUCCCUGUGUUGGUUAAUAAAACCUGUGUUAAAGACUUUGACAUUCAGACAGAACAGUGGUUCUGAAAAUCUAGUUCCCUUGGGCCAGCGGUAUGAGCAUUACCUGGGAACUUGUUAAAAAUGCAAAUUAUCAGGUCCCUCUAUAGAUCAAGAGAAUCAAAAGCAAAGCAGUCUGGGAUUUAUCAAGCCAUUCUAGUGAUUGAUUCUCAGGCACACUAGAACACCACACAUUUACAGAAACAGAGACUGAACUAAGAAAUUAUCGGGGAGGUGGUCUAACUUGAUUGGGAAGAGAUUGAAAUAGGGCUAAACUAAAAAUCAUAUUGCAACUCAUUAUCAUUAUGUCUUUAGCCACUAUCUUAAAUAUGUACACAUGAAUAAAUGACAGUAACAUAUUUAGAGCUUAAAAUAUUUUAGGGCCUAUUCCAGUUCCAUUACACAGUGUUAUAAUCAUCUUACAGAUGAGGAAACUGGGGCAAGGGUCCAUUAAACCCAGUGUCACAUGACUAAUAAUGACCGAAUCAGAUUCAAACUUAUAAUCUGGCACUCAAGCCACAUGUUCUCCCUCUACAUUAUGAACACAUUAAAAUCAAAUGACCUGAGCCUAGGGAGAGUUUGUCAGCAACACAAGUUUGUUUAAGUAACUAUACAAAGAACAGAAGAUGACGGUGAUGAAAAGGUAGCAUAUGAUUGGUUGGUGUCAAAGCAAUGCCCACAACGCUUAAAGAUGCAGUCAAUAAUGAAACUUACAUGACCCUGCAUUGGUGCUCAGGCAACAGAUUUUAUGUAGGAUAUCAUAAAUGAAAUUUUUAUUAAAAAGGACAAGAGAAAAGAGCGACUAAAAUGCUCUAGUCCUAAACACAACUAAAUGUGACUGAAUAAAUCUAUUCAUGUUUCACAAAUCAGAUGCAAGCUUUAAUUUAUUUUGAGUAAACUGGGCAUCAUGUUGACUCAUGUUGGGUUCCUACUACCACCCUCAUUUGUUAUGUCAAUGAGGAGGUUCUAGGUAAUAGGUACUUUGACCGAGUUUGCCAUCUAUGUUGACUGGAUCAUGGGUGGCAAGAGAUGAAAGUGCUCUUCCAGAUAAACAAGUCAUAAAUAUAUCUGAAUUUUGGUUAACAUUAUUAAUUCUGUGAGCCUUAAGUUUAUCCUCUGAAGAGGUUGCACAAAAUCUACGGGGAUGCUUUUAGCCUUGACAUGUUUGCUUUCUUUUUCUUUCUUUCCUCUCUCCCUGCCCCCUCCCUCCUUGUUUCUUUGUUAGUUUCUUUCGUUCCUUCCUUUAUCCUUUGUUUCUUUCUUCUUCCUUCUUUCAUUAUUCUUUCUUUCCUUUCUUUCUUUCUCUUUCCAUUCAUCCCUCCCUCACUCCCCUCCCCCUCCUUCCUUUCUUCUUUCCUGCCUUUUUCCUCAGUGUCCUUACUCUCUGAUCUAUUAUGUUUUCUCAGAACACCUUUAAGGACCUGAAAUAACCCAGAAAGAUAACAUGAUCAGAGGUUUGUCUUUACACCUUCACAGACAGCAUCCUCUCCUGAAUCUCUCUUUCUUUAUUCUCCCUCAAUCCCAACUCAGAGAUGCAAGUAGAUGGAUCUGUGGGGUCUCUUUAUCUUUUUCUUUGUGCUGACAUCACUAGAAAUGAAAAAUGCAAGGCUGACACUCUCAUUUUUAAUUUUUAAAAGAUUGGUGCUGCCUGUGCGUUUUAAUAUACUUCCUCUCUGCCAUUGUUAGUGUCUUCUGUUCUAUUUAAAUAGCUUAAUACUGAGCUGUAACAACUUCCAAUUAAGUUUUAAGAAAAACAUGAAAAGGUUGAAAGUGUCUGCUUGACAAGUAUCCUAUUUCUUGAGACAAAGGGUUGAAUUUAGGAAUACAUUAAAAAAAAAAAUAGCUUGAAAUGGCCUGUCCUUAUCCAUGGCUGUGCACACGUCCCCUUCCAUUCACUCUUUUCUCUCCUUCCAUUUCUUUUGUUUUGUCCCCUCAGCUUUCAAAUUCAUCUCCCACUUUUUAACACUGUUUGCUGAUGCUGGCUACCUGUCUUGUUGUUCAUUAUAAAGCAUCAGCUGUGAAUGCAUCUAGAACAACUUCCUGUGCACAACUGUUAGAUUUUCUGGUAGAUCUUGGUACUACAGUUGUCAGAGGCAGGUAAGGUAAACUACUCUUCCAGUUGUUCUCACAGGGUAUAGUAGAUUUAAGAUGCAGACCAAUUUCUGAUACACAGACAUUUAUUAAUAAAUAUGUACAAAAUCUGGCAGCCUGUUCUGAAGCUUGAUGAAGUUUCAACUCUUGGUUCGUUUGGGUCCCAGAAAAAUGUCUUGAAAGUACGUUGUUUUUGGAGCAAUUAUGGCAGUAUUUCUGUGGCAGCAUCCACAUCAUCAUCUGGCAGAAUUAGGUGAUUAACGUUUGUUAGGGAUCAAUGAUAGCAUCCACUUCAUGUGGUUAUGUGAUGAUUAAAUGAGCAAGUACAUUUACACCUCUCAGAGUUAUGACAGUUACAAAUCUGUUAGUUCUUAUUAUUACUAAUAUUAUGGCACCAUUCCUUACAAUAAAGGGUGAACCUCCUCUUAGCUUAACAUACUCUAUUCAAAUAAAGGCAAAGCAUGUUUAUAAAAAUUUUGGCCAGUCAACUUAUCUUGACUGUUAAUAAUUUCAUCAAAGAGAACCCAUUCCUCACUUCCAUUAACCAAUUAAUAAGCCAUUUAUGUCACUGACAAGAACCGGUUUCCAACAUACAUUAUGAUUAAUGAGCAAAGACACGUCAUGUAUUGGAGAUGAUGAUAACUCAAGACUUUUAGAAGUGACCUCUGGAGUUCCCAUCAUAGCUCAGUGGUUAACGAAUCCAACUAGGAAUCAUGAGGUUGCAGGUUUGAUCCCUGGCCUCACCCAGUGGGUUAAGGAUCUGGCGUUGUCCUGAGCUGUGGUGUAGGUUGCAGACACGGCUCGGAUCCUGUGUUGCCGUGGCUCUGGCCUAGGCCAGUGGCUACAGCUCGGAUUAGACCCCUAGCUUGGGAACCUCCAUGUGCCAUGGGUGUGGCCUUAGAAAAGACAAAAAAAAAAAAAAAAAAAAAAAAAAAGAAGAAGAAGUGACCUCUAACUUCAAUUCUGGCUAAGACAUUGGAGCAUACAUUCCUGGCGAAGGCAACUGGUUCUCCUGAAACAGAGCAACACUAACACACAUUUCUAUCACAUUAUCCAAGCUGAAAUAUUUAAGAGGAAAUUACAGUCAGUUGAGCUCCAUUGUCUCCUCCAACAAAUUUUUUACUCACCUAAGAACAAUUCGUCAGUGCUGCCUCAGUUUCCUGUAGAUAAUGUACUUCAAACCACAAGGACUGACCAGCUGAUGAGACAUGAAGAAUAUGCACAAGCUUUUUUUGCUUCAUCCAGAUUAGUCCUGAGUUUGCUCACCAGACUUUUCUCCACCUAUAAACAGAGACUUGCUCCUUGUUCCACCAAAUUACAACCAUUUAUAACAAAUAUUGCAGCCUGAGUAUCACAUAAUACACCCCAGAACCUCUUAGGUAUUGCAAAGGUGCCCUAGACAUCUGCCUGAAAACACUACAGCUAUGAUUUUUUUUCUUUCGAGGCAGCUGUAAAUAUUUCAUCUUUAGCCCUUGGGACUCCAGUAACACUGAGCUUUCUGGCCUAUCCUUUCCUUUACCCUACCUUCAUCUACCAAGGCCUGAGACAAUAUAAGACAGUUGGGGGUGGGGGGCUUUUCUUCCUUGAAUGCUCUUUGAAACAUUCAUCAGAACCUUCUACAUUCACUCUAUUCCUGUGGCUUUAAUUUAUACAAAUCAUUCCCUAAAGUCCCAGCUCUAUCUUUCCCUAUAAAUUCAAGAAGUAACAAAUACAGUCAAUCCUUAUUAUUCAUGGGUAUGACUUCACCUCCUCACUAAAAUUUGCAACCCCCAAAUCAAUACCCAUGGCACUAAGGUGGUUAUUAACAGACAUGCCCAGAGUGGCAAAAUAUGUGAGUCCCAGCAUCCACAUUUCCAGCCGAGGUCAAACAAGGCAAUACUCUGCCUUCUUCUUUCAGUUCAUACUGUAAACAAGUUUCCUUUGUGCAGUCUAUUUAGUACCACGUUUUUCACAUUUUUGUGCCUUUUUGUGUGUGUGAUGUUGCUGUUGAACACAAUCCGUAAACAUAGUGCUGAAGUGCUAUUUAAUAUUCCUGAGCCCAAGAAGGCCAUGGUAUUGCUUAUGGAGAAAAUAAGUAUGUUAGAUAAUUUCAGUUAGGCUUAAGUUAUGGUGAUGUUGACUAUGAGUUCAGGGUUAAUGAAUUGACUAUUCAAUAAGAGUUUUUCAACAGAAAACAAACAUACAAUAAUGUUAUAUAUUGAUCUGUUGAUGAAAAUGUUGUGACCAGAGGCUUGGAGGAUCCUAACCCAUAGGAACAAUGGUUCUGAAUUCCCUAAUUCAGUAUUCAUAGUGGCUUUAUAGACCACAACUUCUGCAAAUAAUGGCAGUGGACUGUGUGCAUUAAGAGACCAACUUACAUUUCACUAUGCCAGGCACUAGAGGGAGUACAGAUGAAGAUUUGACUCUUCUCCCCUUCAGGAUCUACCAUCUAGUUAGGAAGGGAAGGACAGAUCAACACCAUAGACGAGGGUAUCAGAGAACAGUACAAUGCUCUACGUGCCUGUAGAUGGAAGGGAACUGAAGGAAUGGUGUAGGCUGAUCAGCUUGAGUAUGUUAGACCUAUGUGGAAGGAGAGACAGACUGCCUUCCCUGUGAGGAUCAUUUGACAAUCUAAAGCACUUUCACAUUAAAUAUUGCAUUAUAUUCUUCCUGCCCCAUGGGAUUGUUAGAAAAGACAGGGACAUGACUAUUUUAUAAAGGAAGCCACAGAGUCUUGGGGAGAGGCUAAGUAACUAAUGUGACACAACCAGGAAAUGACAGUUUCAAGAAUGCAGCCCAGGUUUCCCACCUCUUCAUCCAGUGAUUUUUUUUUUCCCCCUUUUGAAGCUUACUGGAUAUUAGCUUACUGGAUAUUUUAAAGAUGAAUAUUCACAACCCUUCACUAAUGAAUUAAAUAUACAUGCUAAAAAUUUUUUUAAAAAAAUGAAGAGGAAAUGGCCUGGGGAUAAAAGUGGGAACAGGACAGGGGAAAGUACUGGAUUUGGGUUCUGUUGCCUUUGAGCAGCUGUGAGAAGUGGGGAGACAUGGUGUAUUUAAGUAGAUAAAAGCACCUUCUCUAGCAUGGCUAAGCUGUUUCAGUUAGUGAACUACUGAGUUAUUUUUAGUAAAAUAAACCUUUGGGGAGAAGGUGAGAUGUUGGAUUGCUGCAAAUUUGAUUUAGUGGCCCCUGGACACUGGCAACAUAGUGACAUCAGAGGCUGAGAGUUGCUUCUUUGAAUGAACUAGGCAGCAGUAUAUGUCUAAAUGAUCACUUGGGUGAGUAGCCAAUUUGAAUUAAAUCCUCCUAGAACUAUUUUUCUUUUCUUUGCAGUACAUGACUUUAUAUUUGUUGAUAGAAGGGAUUAUAUAGACAGUGUGAGGAGCUUGUGAGAAGUAGUGCCUAUUCAGAGUUGUUUUCCUUUGUCUUUAAAUAUGAAUAAAACAAAAAAUGUCCAGCCAGUCACAUGUCAUGGUUUUUAUCAUCUUUUAGAAACAUGGGAACCGGUUCAAUCAUAGUCUCAAAUUCUGUCUGCUAGCCUGCAGCGACUGUAGUCUUCCUUGCUAAGUACACUUGCUGUGCUAAAUUUUUACUCUUAGGUGUAUGUUGGCUUUGCUGGUCUUUUUCCAGGACACGUGACUUUCAGUUAAGGAUUCUUCAUUCCACCAAUAGAAUAUAAAUGUCCUCUCUUCCUUGGGGGCAAGGGAUUAGGAAUUUUUGUUUCUUGAUGCUGUUUUCCUUAUGAAACACAAUGAGAGAAUGGCAGAACUCCACUCUUACAAAAGAUCAUCAUAGCUGGGCUUCUGUAGAGAUCUUGGGGUUUUUAAAGAUCCCUAAAAUGUUUGCCAAAAACACAAGUGAUCUCAUUCAUACUGUUUCUCUCUUCUUUCAUCUUUCUCAUCUGUCUCCUUUCUCUUUUCUUCUCCCUUUAUCUGACUCUCCCUGAGCUGCCAAGUUCACUUAUUCUUUUUCCUCCUAGUGUAUUUUGGUUCCCUACACGUCCACUGCCUUGUAUGAAAUAUGAUAUUGUAGUGGGAGUGAAGACUUUGUUAUAAGUAAUAUGUGUAAUUAACAGAUCAUCAAAACUGAUGCUUGAGUAGAUGGUGUCAAGCCGUAUUUAGCAGAUGGGGUUUGAACACCUGGCAGAACAAGUUUGGUCCAAUAAAAAGAGCCGAAUUCUUUCCCUUUUAAGACACUGGUUACAUCUAAACCAUAGGGGUAGGGGAAGGGUGCCAUUUGUCGUUGUAAUUUAGACCGAGGGCUCACCUGGCAGAGGGGGGAGAAUUGCUUUUUAGGUGUUCCCCACAUCGCAGUACACGUGUCCCUUUGAUGUGUGGAGAAUGCCUGAGAGAGGCAAAGCAGGGCGAUAUUUGUGGGAAGCUAGCUAGACCAGCCUCCCUCGUUACAUAGGCUCGUCCUCUGCAUUGCAUCCGAGCUUCAGUGAUUUGCUGUUUGGAGACUGCAGAUUUGCAUAGAGCCCCUCGCUUCGCCAGCGUGUGUGGUUUUUCUUUUCUUUUCUUUUUUCUUUUUCUGUUUCUUCCCCCCCCCCUCCCCACCCUGCCUUGCUCCUUUGUCUGCUUCUUCUUUUCCCCAGCGCUCUUUCCCCCAUUCAAUCCCCAUUUCUUUCAUAAGGGUGCACUCUUCCCUCUGAACCCCUCGCCCGGCGUAAGUGUCAGGAGGCGGCGGACGCGGAGAUUGCCUCGGGAGCAGGCGAUGCGCGCUGCUGCUCCGCGCGCUGCCCGGAGGAGGCUGGCGAGAGCUGGCAAGCCGGCCCAGGCGGAAUGGAGGGAAGGGGCGCCUCGAGUCCAUGGGGUCUGCUUUUCCCUUGAAAGGAGGUUGGGCCGGAGAAGUGGCCUUCCCAGUCCCUACACACAAUGCUAAAUGGAUUUACCUAGUGGAUUCUUGGUGGACGGCUGUCAUGUAGAAGUGAGGACCCUCCGGGAGGAGCUUUAAACAAUUUCCCCGCUCCCCACCCCCCAGCACGCACUCUCGCCGAAACUCUUUGGGAGUAUCUCGAGAACCUGGAGCCCUGGAAAUCUGGGAGCAGCCUCCUGCUCCGUGCUUGUUGUUUCCCGGGGCUGCCUUUCCGGACAAGCCCCCAUCAGCUGCAUUCGCCUCGGCUAUGUUUCGGAUUCUUUGGGGUGCAAGGCACGGCGGACUCCAGGACCCCGAGAAGACUGUCCGAAGGAAGGAGAGAAUGGGUGCCCUGGCACGGUGAGGUGGCCGGCCCCGCAGCCCACCCUGAGCCGCCAGCUCCCCGGCGUCCUCUCCCCUCCCUGCGCCCCAAACUUUGCCUCCCGCGGCGGCUGCCCCUCGGGCGCCCCGCCAUGUACCAGAGGAUGCUCCGGUGCGGCGCCGAGCUGGGCUCACCCGGGGGCGGUGGCGGCAGCGGUGGCGGCGCAGGGGGGCGCCUGGCCCUGCUCUGGAUAGUCCCGCUCACCCUCAGCGGCCUCCUAGGAGUGGCAUGGGGGGCGUCCAAUUUGGGAGCGCACCACAUCCACCAUUUCCAUGGCAGCAGCAAGCAUCAUUCAGUGCCUAUUGCAAUCUACAGGUCACCGGCAUCCUUGCGAGGCGGACACGCUGGAACAACGUAUAUCUUUAGCAAAGGUGGUGGACAAAUCACGUAUAAGUGGCCUCCUAAUGACCGACCAAGUACACGAGCAGACAGACUGGCUAUAGGGUUUAGCACUGUUCAGAAAGAAGCUGUAUUGGUGCGAGUGGACAGUUCUUCUGGCCUGGGUGACUACCUAGAGCUGCAUAUACAUCAAGGAAAAAUUGGAGUUAAAUUUAAUGUUGGGACAGAUGACAUCGCCAUCGAAGAGUCCAAUGCAAUCAUUAACGAUGGGAAAUACCAUGUAGUCCGUUUCACGAGGAGUGGCGGCAAUGCCACGUUACAGGUGGACAGCUGGCCAGUGAUUGAGCGCUACCCUGCAGGAAACAAUGAUAACGAGCGCCUGGCGAUUGCUAGACAGCGAAUUCCAUAUCGACUUGGUCGAGUAGUUGAUGAAUGGCUACUCGACAAAGGGCGUCAGCUCACAAUCUUCAAUAGCCAAGCAACCAUAAUAAUUGGCGGGAAAGAGCAGGGCCAGCCCUUCCAGGGUCAGCUCUCUGGGCUUUACUACAAUGGCUUGAAAGUUCUGAAUAUGGCAGCCGAAAAUGAUGCCAACAUCGCCAUAGUGGGAAAUGUGAGACUGGUUGGUGAAGUGCCUUCCUCUAUGACAACCGAGUCGACAGCCACUGCCAUGCAGUCAGAGAUGUCCACGUCAAUUAUGGAGACCACCACGACCCUGGCUACUAGCACAGCCAGAAGAGGAAAGCCCCCUACGAAAGAACCUAUUAGCCAGACCACAGAUGACAUCCUUGUGGCCUCAGCAGAAUGCCCCAGCGAUGAUGAGGACAUUGACCCCUGUGAGCCGAGCUCAGGUGGGUUAGCCAACCCAACCCGGGCAGGCGGAAGAGAGCCAUACCCAGGCUCAGCAGAAGUGAUCCGGGAGUCCAGCAGCACCACAGGCAUGGUUGUGGGGAUCGUGGCAGCUGCCGCCCUGUGCAUCCUCAUCCUCCUCUACGCCAUGUACAAAUACCGAAACCGGGAUGAAGGUUCGUACCACGUGGAUGAGAGUCGAAACUACAUCAGUAACUCAGCACAGUCCAAUGGGGCUGUUGUAAAGGAGAAACAACCAAGCAGUGCAAAAAGCGCCAACAAAAACAAGAAAAACAAGGAUAAAGAGUAUUAUGUCUGAUCCUAAGAUCUUAAAAGGACUCUGGUAUAGAAAUAGUCUUCAUUUUAUCUGAGACAUAAUAUAAACUUAUUUACUUUCCUUUUUAUGAAGCACAUACAAAAGAAGACAGGGAAUGCAAUCAGGAAGGAAAGACUGUUUUUAAAAAAUAAAAACAAGUAUCUCAUACUCUUGUUUCUCCAAAAAAUGAAAAAAAAAAAAAAAACCAACAACAACAAAACAACAACAACAACAAACCAAACAGGGGCCAA